UUCCCUUCGACAACUUCGUCAUCUCGGCCUGACUCGCUCGCUUCACUUUUAUCUCCACACAUCUUCUACUUUCGAUUAUUUGUACUGAAAAAGAGGUAUUUUUAGGGUUUAUCCUCAACUUCGUAUAAUCAUGGAUAAAUUCGCUAGGCAUAGAGGCGGGGAUAGAUACACCAACGGCGGCGAAGAGCCUCGCCAUUAUAAUUCAAGCGGCAGGCAGUCUCGGGACGGCGGAUCUCCGUUCCGCCACCACGGGCAGGAUAGCUUCCGAAACGGAGGGGGACGCAGCAGUCCUCAUGAUAGCCGUGAUGGGUUCUCAGUCGGCGGGGGAGGCGGCCUGGCUGGUGGCGGCGGUGGGAGGGAAAAUCAGAGGGCCUUUGAUAGUCCUCCUCCGACCUACCCUCAACCGCUUGGUGGCGAAGGAGGCGUUGGAGGAAGGGGAUUGAGGCCGAUUGGUGACGGAACUGGGGGGUUUCGGCCGAUGAUUGGUGGACCAAUUGGUGGCGGUGGUGGAAGAGGGUUCCCACCUAUGGGUAGUGGUGGCAGGGGAGGAUUUCGUCCAAUAUCUGGUGGCAGAGGUGAUGAAUUUCAACGGAUGGGUGGCGCUAACAUUGAUGGUGGGGAUUUCCAACCUCUUGAUGGUCCCGGUGGUGAUGGCAGAGGGUUUCUGUCGAUGGGUGGUCCUGGCGGUGAUGGUGGAGGAUUUCGAGGUGGCAGUAGUGACAGUGGAGGGUUUCGACCUGUGGGUAGUGAUGGUGGGAGAUUUGGUUUGGAUGAGUACCGCGAGCAGAUGCCUCCUCUCACAGGCCAGAAGCGAGGGUACCCUUUUUCUGGAAGAGAAAGGUCUCCAGGUAGAGAAGGAGCUAGUUUUGCCAAACUUUUUGUAGGUUCUGUUCCCAGGACAGCCACUGAAGAUGAUGUUCGACCUCUGUUUGACAAUCAUGGACGUGUUUUAGAAGUUGCUCUGAUAAAGGAUAAGAGGACUGGACAACAACAAGCAACUUUUGAUAUUAUUAGAAUUUUUUACAUCAGCAAUCAGCACAGAUUUGGUAUGAGCUGUGGUGGUGAGACAUUCUUUGUGUUGUUAGAAGCAGCUACUUCACUUUACUUCUUCACUAUGGUUUGCCUUUCAUCUCAUGGUGCUGCGAAGUGCUUAAAGGAGGUUUUGCGUUUUCCAUGGGAUUGUGUGUGUAUGGAGGAAAUUUUGGAUGAACUUUUGGCUUAUGAUGUGCAGCUUCUCAGUUUUCAUAAUGUUGACAUUUUGAUGGCCAUUUCUUGGUCUCUGGCUAGGAAUGAUGGUUGCUGUUUCAUUAAGUAUGCUACUUCGGAAGAGGCUGAUAGAGCCAUUAGAGCUCUGCAUAAUCAAUAUACAUUACCUGGGGCAAUGGGUCCUAUUCAAGUCAGAUAUGCUGAUGGAGAGCGAGAACGCCUUGGUGCAACGGAGUUCAAGUUGUUUGUUGGGUCAUUGAACAGACAAGCUACCGAGAAGGAAGUUGAAGAAAUUUUCUCACCUUAUGGUAGAGUUGAAGAUGUUUAUCUGAUGCGAGAUGAAAUGAAGCAGAGCCGUGGAUGUGGAUUUGUGAAAUAUUCUCAGAGAGAGAUGGCACAGGCAGCUAUUAAUGCGCUUAAUGGGACAUUCACCAUGAGAGGCUGUGACCAGCCUUUAACUGUUAGAUUUGCUGAUCCUAAGAGACCUAGACCUGGAGAUUUCAGAAGUGGUCCUUCUUUCGGUGGACCUGCUUUUGGCCCUCGUUUUCCGUCCCCUGCAAUCAGGCCUCCACUGGACCAUGGUACACCACUUCGCGGUCCCAUUCCUUCUAACUGGCCUUCAGUGACCCCGCAAAGCCUAGGGCCACCUGCUCAUAUUGGAAACCAAAUUCCUGCUAGAUCUGGUGAUAUGGGUGUCUCUUCUAACCCUGGUCCUUUGGGAAACCUUCCGGGCAAGGCAGAUGGUUCUCUUCCUGGACCUACUAGACCUCCUCUCCAGUCACAACAGAAUAUGCCGCCAUCCGCACAAGUACAGCCUUUAAAUUCAGGCUCUUUUUCGAGCCUUCAAAGUGUACAGGGACCAUACAUGCAACCUGGACAAGUGCAAACCCCUCAGCAGCUGCCUGGGCAAAAUGGUCAAUUCUCUGUUCUCCCGACACAAGGGCCGCAGGGUAAUGCACAGAAGCUUCAGUCUCCAUCUCAUUUGGCUCAGAUGCUUUCGCAACAGAAACAUAAUCUGCAAGCCACGUUUGAGUCAUCACAACAAGCCUUCAAUCAGCUACAACAACAGGUUCAGCAACUACAACCAACGAACCAGAAUUUAGCAGCUCAUCAGAUUCCUUGGUCUCAGCCAGUUGGAAACACCUCAGCUGGAAAUGUAACUGCAACAACACCUGCCUCUGCUACUAACUCAGCCAUCCCCACUGUUAGUUGUAAGUGGACAGAGCAUACGUCUCCUGAUGGAUACAAGUACUACUAUAACAGCCUCACUGGUGAAAGCAAGUGGGAAAAGCCUGAAGAGCUGAUACUGUAUGAGCAGCAGCCGCAACAGAAGCCGUCUAACCAACACCCACAGGUACAGACCCAUCAGAUGCAAGUACAGCUUCAAGGUCAAUACGGGCAGCUUCAGAACCAUCCCAAGCCCUUACAGCAGUCUACUCAAACCUCGGUUACUGGGUUUUCAGCCUCACAGAGCAGUAAGAUUUUGAUGCCUAAUUUUGUUGUACUAAAUGCGAUUCUUUACUGUUUGACUUGUGGGGGAAUCAGGAACAUGGCUAUGGACAAAUACCGGGUAUUCAGGAGUCACAGGAAUGGAUGUGGAAGAAUAAUAACUGAGGUUUCUGCUUCUGUGGUGCUCUUGGUAGGCGGCGGAUGGUUAUUCCCGGGUGUAGCACUCAUAUCACUUGGCGUACAGCUAACGGUUUCAGGCAAGAGGAUAUGGAAGCUUACUCCACCUAAGGACCUAGUGUACUUCCUCCUCCUCCCUGUUACUCAAUCCUCU